UGCCUCUUCAUAAGUCCAUAUAUAUCUGACACUGUUGUUUCCCAAAAGAAGCACCCAAUCUGGUCCAACCAUCAGAAGUGUGAGCAACUGAGCAAUGGCGUUGGUGGCAGUUAGCAACAAGAGGGUGAUCCUGAAGAGAUACUUGACGGCAUGCGAGAUCGGCCAGUUGGGGGAUGAAAUGGAGGUGGUGACGGCAGAGGCAGUGCCGCUAUCUGUUCCGGCAGGGUCAUCUGCGGUGCUGGUGAAGAACUUAUACAUUUCAUGCGACCCCUACCUACGCAACCGGAUGAUCCGCCAUGAGGUGCCCACCUACAUCUCGGACUUUGUCCCAGGAGAGGUUGUGACAAGUCAUGGCGUGAUGAAGGUGAUAUCAUCUGGGCACCUGGAUUUCAAGGCCGGCGACCUUGUUUGGGGGAUGACCGGAUGGGAAGAAUACACUCUAAUCAAUAAUCCGGAGUCUCUUUUCAAGAUCAAUUACCCUGAAUUUCCUCUUUCCAACUACACUGGUGUUCUGGGAAUGCAUGGGCUUACUGCCUAUGUUGGAUUCUUUGAGAUGUCCAAGCCUAAGAAAGGUGAGUAUGUCUUCGUCUCUUCAGCAUGUGGUGCCAUAGGUCAAAUUGUUGGGCAGCUUGCUAAGAUCAAAGGUUGCUAUGUGGUUGGCAGUGCUGGUUCUGAUGACAAGGUCAACCUGCUGAAAACCAAAUUUGGCUUCGACGACGCUUUCAACUAUAAGAAGGAGACAGACCUUGAAGCCGCUCUGAAGAGGUGCUUCCCUGAGGGCAUCGACAUUGACUUUGAGAAUGUUGGCGGCGCGAUGUUGGAUGCUGUGUUGCCUAACAUGCGGCUUGGUGGCCGAAUUACAAUGUGUGGGAUGAUCUCACAGUACCACCUGGAAAGGCCGGAGGGGGUGCGUAACCUCAUGUACAUCAUCACCAAGCGAUUGCGGAUGGAGGGGUUCGUGAUAUUCGAUUCUAUCGCCGUAUACCGCCAAUUUGAGGAGGAGAUGGCCGGGUAUCUGAGGGAAGGGAAGGUGACCUAUUUGGAGGACAUUGUCCAAGGGCUCGAUGCGGCGCCGGCGGCACUCAUUGGGAUCUACAACGGCCUCAAUGUUGGCAAGCAGCUCGUCGCCAUCGCGUAGGCCUGAGAUGACAUGCUAUUUGCCAUAUGUGUGAUCUGUGCUAGUCAUCAACUGAUUAUGUGGAUGAUCAGACAUGUCUUUGUGGUAGAUGGUUGAUAUGUUGGAGAGGAGUUGUGACAAUGUUCUGAUUAAAAUAAGUGAGCUGUCUGAGUUCAAUUAAUGGACCAGAUACCUUAUGUGGACUCAAACAGUCCACUUACGAACCUAACCAUAUCUCUAUACUAAAAUAGAAAUAAGCAGUUAUACUC